CGUCACGGGGAGAGAUUUCCUUAUUGGGACUCCCUAGCCCACAUCCUGAGUCCAUAUAUGGGCAUUUACGUCACAGCAGCCUCACUGGGGACUCCAGAAAUGGAUGCGGCGGAAGGUCGGAGCAGCCCCGCUGCAGUACGAGGAGCCGUGCGAGCUGAAAGCCGGGGACCUGCAGGGCUUGGGGCAGCCCGAGGAGCAGCAUCUCCUGGCCGAGGCCGACUUCCUCGGAGGUGAGUUCCUGGGCUCCCCGAUGAGCGGCGAGGCGGUGGAUUACUUCCUCCUGGGCAGCCAGCCUUCCCCCUCGCUCAGCUACACCGGCAGCUUCUUCAUCAAGGCGGUGCCGGAGCACCCCCAGGACCAAGAGUCCCUCUUCAACCUGAUGUCGGGCAUCCUGGGCAUCUCUCCUUUCGCCGCCUCCGAGGGCCACCAGCGGCACUUGGACGCUCUUUACUCCUGCCCCGAGGUGACUCAGAACCAGCUGGACCUUUACUCCGCCUGCCAGCCCGAGAUGAAUGCGUCCGUGCAAGCCCCGUUCGCGGAGCAGGGAUACGCCGGCUUCCCCGCUGCGGAGAGCGGGCCUCCCCUCCAGGCGCAACCCGGCGCCGGACGCGCUCCGCAGUGCUUCUUCGACACCAAGCUCUUGGACACGAAACAGGACGUCAAGCUGCCCUCCGUCUCCCCGUCCCUGGACAAAUUCAAGGCCUCCUGCUCGCAGUGGGAGCCCGUCACCCAGCAUCAGGCCUACCUGCCCGCCGGCUACCCUUCGCCCGAGGCCUUCCCCGCCGCGGACGGUAGCCAGGCUCUGUUUCAUCCCCUGGGCUCCAAGAUGGAAAACGUGCUGGCCAUCAGCUGCCAGUCGGAGCUCAACGGCCUCGCCGAGGAGCCCGGCUGCUUCGGCGGCAAUUUGGGGUUUGGUUGCGAGCCAGAAAAUUUCCAGGCCCGCGGUGACUUUGGUGACACCAAGAUCCACAGCCUCCCUCCCCAGCUGAUCCCGGAGUUUGACUCCUCCUUGGCGCAGGCGGAAGUCUUGCCGGGGUUGAUUAGCUCAAACGAGCUGCUCCAUCCUCACCCGUCGCCCUCCGUCCCACCCACGGACUUCUUGGGCCACCCCACCGCUCCCUCCAUCGCCUCUCUGCUCCCCGCCAACCCCCCAGCCCUUCCCGAGCCCAAGAAGAAGACCCGCAGGACCAAGUGCUCUUCCAAAUGCUUCUGCCCCAAGCCCCACGAGAAGGCGUUCGCCUGCCCCGUGGAGAACUGCAUCCGGAGCUUCGCCCGCUCCGACGAGCUCAACAGGCACCUCCGGAUCCACACGGGCCACAAGCCCUUCCAGUGCCGCAUCUGCCUGAGGAACUUCAGCCGCAGCGACCACCUCACCACGCACAUCCGCACGCACACCGGCGAGAAGCCCUUCUCCUGCGACGUCUGCGGCCGCCGCUUCGCCAGGAGCGACGAGAAGAAGCGGCACAGCAAGGUGCACUUGAAGCAGAAAGCCCGGACGGAGGAGAAGCUCAAAGGCUUGGGCUUCUUCUCGGUGGGUCUGUCCUUCGGGGCGCUGUGAGGCCCGGGCCGGAGCGCUGGGAGGUGGCGUUUCCCGAGACGGGUCCCCGUGCAUCUUGCAGAAGAGCCGGGGUGCAGACGGCCCCGGGGUGGCCCUGGAGGAGAAGAGGGCAGAGAGCGGCGGGCCGGGGGCCUCCGCGCGGCUCGCGCUGCCGGGAAGGAGAGGAGCACCUGGGUGUACAUACAGGCGGGGAGCCGACCCCGCGCACGAGGCAGGGAUGAGGCCACGGAGGAGACGGUGACAGCCCUGCGCCGGCUCCCGGGCCUGGCCGGCUCCAGCUGCCCGGAGCAUCUCCACGCUGCAGGGACUGAGUCAUUUUUAUGGCUCCCAUUUGGGGAGAAGAAAAGGAAAAAAAACGUAUGGAAAGAAACCACCACCGACCUUUCAUACCAAGAACCACGGGUGCAUUCGCUACGGCUGCGUUUGUGCUAACCUGACUGAUUUACCCUGCCAGCACUUUACACGGCCGUCCUGACCGAUCCCUUUCGACAUAUGGUACGUUCUCAGGCUGCAGCUGCACCAAAACUGCCUGGUUUUGACUGUUUUUCCCGAAGGAAACCGGUGCGAUCGGCGCGCUGGACCAAACCUCCGAGCCCCGAGCGCUGCUGCCGGUGUGGCUCGGCGGCUCCGGCUGCGCAGACUUGUGCAUAACGGUCCCUUUGGAAAGGUGAUGUCGUUCGUUCUUUAUUUUCUUUCUUUUUGCUAUUUGUAAAAAGAAUCUAUGAGGAAUCUUACAGAUUUGUGUCUAUUUUUGUAAUUAAAGA